GGAGUUUACGAUUGGUUGCUCCAUCCUCAGCUAGAAAGUACCCUACGCGGGUGUGACUUGUACGCUGCUCGGUCCGCAGAGCAUCCCUUGCGUUGCGUUGCCGCCUCUGUGCAUGGGCCAAGGCAUCGUGUUCAUGACCGACAGAUCAGAAUGGGAACCCCACGAUGUAAAGUCCGUAGGUCCCGAUGGGAAUAGUACCUAGGUAUAGAAGAGGGGAGAACAUCAGGCUGGUAUAAAAGACGGAUACCGGACGUCUAGUCACUAGAAUUGAAAAUCAUCAGUCUCAGAUAUUAAACAACAUCACAAAGUCGCAAUAACAGAACGAACUACCAUCUCAUAUCUCCCAUAUCUCUCAUAUCCAAUAUCCUCUUAGCCAAGUAAUCAACACUCGACAACUCCAAAAUGCAGUUCUCUACCAUCAUUGCCGCUGUCGCUACCCUCGCCUUUGGCGCCAAUGCUGCUGUCAUCCAACGUGAUGGCGACCGCCUCGCCCAGUUCCGCGCCUUCGGAGCUAACGGCUGCAAUGCACUGAACUACGGCUUCUACCUAGUUGAUACGUCCGAUGCAAACAAGUGCAAUACCUUUGCGGGGGUCAGCGGCCCUGUCAAGUCCGUAAACCUAGAGGCUCUUACUGCCGCCGCCGCGGGUUGUACUCUGGUCGUCCACGCCGAUAGCAAUUGCGCCGACGAAGGUCACACCCUUGCGCUUCAGACUUGCAAUGACGUUUCUAGCGCCAAUGACAACUGGCAGUCCUGGUCUAUGAACUGCUCUUGAAUUCUACUCGAACCAAGGCUCUCAUUCUUCGCGGGCGCUCGAACAUUGCAAUUAUGGAUUGAGACGAGAAAAUAAGGGGAGGAUUAUAUUAAUCACGAAGAAUGAAAUGAAGCGACAUUUAAGUAUAGGAAAUUUCUCGUUUUAAAAGUAAUUUAAUUAAUAUAUAAAUAAAUAAUAACAAAUAAAGGAGUCACGCCAUAUGGGCAUAUCUCCAUAACUGCUGCCGCAGCUAUUGCUAAACCUUAUCCAUCCAUGUAUAUAUAACUAGCUGAGAGAUCGAGAGCUCUACUCUCUUCCUCUCUUUUACAAUCCGUGUUUUUUAAUGAUUGAUCCUUGACUUUGGACUGGGUUGAGCCCAACAAAUGGUAGCACCUCUGCUAAAGGUUGGAAGACUCUAGACCUUUUGGUUGUUAAAAGGUAAAUCAACA